AACUCUUUCGAGCAAAGGGCAUGCGCCGAGUCCCGGUCGCAGGUCGACCGGAGGUUAGUCAGCGACGAACCCCCGUACCAAGUAGCGCCCUUCCUCGCACAGUCAAUCGCGGUCCACGGCCGUCGUAUCGAUGAUCGUACACCGAUCGUUGGACGAAGUACGUACGUAAAUAUCGUUGCACUAGUCGCGACAGAAUCCGCAGGCAUGAAUUUUUCAGAUUUUCAAAAAUGACCGGAGAAACGCGUUAGCGCCGAACGCGCCAAUUACGAAUUCUGAAUACCGAACGCCGACGGAACAUUCGAAAAUUGCGCCAAACGAAAUACCGCUAAUCUAGUCGCGGAGAUCAUUCGUGAGAUGAGUUGAUCGUAAAGUGGCGACGAAAAAAAAUCUUGUGAAUCUUUCUCAGUGUACGCCUGUGCGCGUGUCUUCGGUGUUUGGGUACUUGAUUUUGGUGGGAAAAAAAUUAUCGAAGAUAAUUUCUUCUGCGAUUCCCUGAAAAACGCGUAAAGCGGAAUAAAAACGCUUGUCAGCCGUCUUAUGUGAGAAAAGUUUUUUUUUUGACUGAAGAGUUUUCCGAAACUGUGGUGAAGCUGUCGUGCUACGAAUCGAGUUAAACCGGUGUGUUUUUCAACGAUCCUUGAGAGUUUCAAAGUUUCGACGAUACUUCUGACGUUCAACUGUGGUGGUCCGAUUACAAUACGAAGAAUAUAAAAAAAUCGUCGGAAAAACGCCUCCACCUACACCGCAUCCGCAGAUUGCGCUGGGAUAUGACGGAGAGCUGAGGGGAACUCUACCGGAUGUCUAAAGGAACCGUCAUGAGGAGACACUUUGUUCUCGUAGCCCUGGUGAUUGAAAUCAACCUCUACAUAGCAGAGGGAGAUGCCAGGCAUCAGCAGGAUUCUAGUGCCAAUAAUUUGCCCGUUGAGUUGAACGGACCCGAUGGAAAAAAUGAAGAGGUUCUUGACGGACCGAUAAAGGAGGUUCUGGCGCAGACCGGAGGCACGGCUACUCUGCCGUGCAGGCUCACGGAUCCGGGAGCAGGAAUAGUGACUUGGAUCAGACGCAAGGAUCGCCAACUUCUAACCGUUGGAGCCGCAACUCACUCCGUGGACACUCGCUUUGUGAUCCGGCCAUCCACUUCCGAUUGGGCCCUUCUUAUUCGGGGUGUUACUCUACAGGACGCCGGGGUUUACGAGUGUCAGGUGGCCACUCAUCCAGUGCAGCAGAAUUUCGCUCGCCUCAAGAUCACCGAAGCCUAUUCGCUCAUACCUGGGGCGCCGGAUCUUCACGUUAAACAGGGCUCAAGUCUUCGCUUGGAAUGUCAGCUGAUGUUGGCCACCGAACCGCCCGUAUACGUCUUCUGGUAUCGCCAAGGUCGCAUGAUAAACUACGACGCCGAACCCGGCGUCAAAGUCGAAGCCACGAAAACAGGGUCGAUUCUAAUAGUAAACAAAACGAAACCCUCCCACGGUGGCAAUUACACUUGCGCCCCCAGCAAUGCCAGAUCCGCGUACGUCGUCGUUCACGUUAUAGAAGAGGAAGAGAAGCCGGCCGCAAUGCACGGUGGUGAUCGGCGAAAUUUGAGCCCGGCUAUCCUGGCGAGCAACUUCCUCGUCUCUUUGCUGGCGACCGUCAGCUGGAGGAUACCCAGUUUUACGAGCCUCUACCCAACGUGAAAGGGAGGCUGAAAUUGAAGGGGUCGCAUUCCCGAGCGAAUCCUCGGCGAUCCUCCAGAGAACGAAACUUCACCAAAGACGAGAAACACCUUGCAGUUGUCCGAUCGGAAAUGGCGUUAUCCGCGAGAGGUUUUGCGGUUGAUUUCGUCGUCUGGAGGGUCACGCGAUUCGCGAACGGGUAGCAAACUCUCAUCGUCAUUUAUUGCAAAAACAAGAGAAAACUCGUCUGAAGAGACGUAACCCCUAGAUCAUAAAGUCAUGUGCUCGUCGUAACCUAAUCCCAAAUAAAACAAUGAGAAAUCCAUGUAAAUACCGGACAAAUUAUGAUUAUAAAUUAUUAUUAAGAAUAAAUAUUUAAUAAAACAGAUGCCAACUGUCGAACCGA